AGUAAAUUGAUAAAUAGAAUGGCGAUAAGGUUUUUAAGCCAAUUUUGAUGAGUUCCAAUUUUUCUCAAACUUGAGAUCUCCUUCAAAAAGUGUCAAAAUCUGUCCUUAACAGAAUUGGCAACGACCUGCUCUACAUCGUCCAGAUUCCCAUAGCUGAGAAUUGAUUUAGAAUGUGCUGAUUUUAACCAUUUUGGCGACAAGUCAUCGAGUCCUACGUUAAUUCAUGAUUUUCGAGCACUUUGGGGCAUCUUGGUUUCAUUUGGAUUGCGGGAAAUUUUUUUGGUAUUUUGUUGGCUUACUGGCUUACCAUCAUCACAGAAGAUAAGCAAGAAGUCUCGGCAAAGGGGUCAUCAUCUCCACUUGUCGAUAUGGACGUUAGUAGUGAAGAAAGCAGGAUUUGUGACAAGGGAGGAGGAGAACACAGAGAUAAUCAAAAUUGCUGUCUAACUUGCGGAGAAAAGUUGCCCCGUCCGGAACUUACUUUGGGUGACGCUUAUCGUAAUAAUCUCGUCGAGAAGAUAUCCACACAACGGUUUCGAAAUCUUUGUGACGCAUUGAGACUGACAGUGACGAAAUGUCAGGGCUGGAAUUUUGAGAAGGAAAUGCUACCAUUAUGUCGCACCUGCAGCGGAAUAGCAGACCGUUUAGGAACGAUUGUGGAACAAGUGAAAAAUCUCGAGACUGAAUAUUCUGCAAGGAUCGUGGAAUUAAAAACGCUGAUUUCUACGGUUGUGGAUGGCAAGUCAAAGACAUCUGGUCAAUCGGGUGACGAUCGUAUCCUUAACUUCCGGAAACUUGUGUUUCCGACGACAUCGAAAUUAGAUUCAUGCGACAAUAGUAUUCUUUUUCGAGGACGACCGAACCUUGAUUCAAUUCUUGCCUCAAACUAUGAAAACCUCGAAAAGAGUUCAGUCUCCGUCUCCCCCACAGACGUCUUAUCGUCCGGCAAGGCUGUAAAACCUGGGAGAAAACGGCGUCGACCAGAAAUUCGUAAUGUUUUAUCCCCCCAGACGAAAAAGAAGAGGGUGGCGACAAAAUCGUCAAAAUUGCCCAAGAAAAAGUCGCACAAUUUAUCCAUGGAUUUUGUCUCCUUCUCGCCACCGAAUGAUGAUAACCAGGAUAAUGAUAAUAUGAUGGACGUAAUAAUCAAGCAGGAGGACUUUGGUUUCGACAACGAAUUUCCCCCCGAAUUCCUGCUCCUUCCAGCAAGCGAUCCAUUAUCAUCACUGAACGAUGAACGUCUCGACCCCAGUCAGAAAUUAGACAUUGAAUUAAAGGAAGAAGUCGAUCCCUUGAUGCAAUUAUUGCAAGAAGUCCCUCAAAAUAAAAAAGGUCCCAAAGUGAAGACAUCACGUCCACCUCUUGCCUCGAAAAAGGCACGCAAAUCCACCCCCGCUGUACAUGCAGUGCGUAAAAGCAACCGAAAAUCUAUUCCUGUUUGCCGCGAAGUAAAAACGGUAGUGUCGACAAGUGUCCCUGCGGCGAAAACAACGCCACGUCGUCCCGCAAGCCCCAAUACUUUGGAACGUCUCGCCUAUAUGAGGAGCCUUCCCAGGCGUCCCUUUGUGAGUGACUCGUCUGUGUCAUCUUCAUCAGAAGAAGACGACGACCCGAAUCCUCGUACUUCCAGGAAAGAUCCCGACUUUGACAUUCGACAAGAACGAGAAAAGUUGGCGAAAUGGAAGAGAAAGUCGAACCGAGCAAAAACGAAGGCCUCAGAGGAAAAGAACGGCGAAGAAGAAGAAAUUCAGCAGGAAAUUGAAUCUGAUUCAGAUUCUGAAAUGGAGGGUCACGUGGCGGAGGCUUAUAACAAGUGGAAGUAUGACGAGAAGGCGGGGCGGAUGUGGUACGACGGGGUGGAGGUGACGCCACACCCAACCGGCCUCCAGUGCAGCAUCUGCUUCCACAUAGCCCUCGGGGACAAGGGAACCAAGAACAAGGGACGCAUAAAAACACACAUCAACCACUACCAUCUCACCGACUUCCGCUGUAACAUUUGCUCAAAGAAAUUAGCGACGGAGAAGAACCUGGCUGCCCACGUUCUGAGCGUUCACGAGCGCGCCGUCAAUAUUCCCUGCGACAUCUGCGACAAACCAUUCACCACGCGCACCGCGAUGUUGCGACACCGCUGGAGCCACCAGAACGAGGACGAAGUCAAAGCCGCCCUCGCUGCGGGAUUGAAGCGAAAAUCGAACAAACCUCCAACUCUGCAGUGUCAAAUCUGUGGGAAAUUGUGCAAGGGGCAAACUUCUUUGAACAAACAUGAAGAGACGCACCUUCAUCCGGAUGAGAGGCCAAAGUUUACGUGCCAUAUUUGUGGAUCAGCCUACAGCUCGGAAGAAACGCUGAGGCGACACCUAAAACUAACUCACACUCAACUCCAGAACAGGUUUCCCUGCACUCACUGCGACAAGCGGUUCCCAGAGGCUUGCAGACUCCAGCGCCACAUGCUGUCGCACACCGCGGAAAAGGCGUUCAGCUGCGACGUGUGUGGGAAGAGGUACGCAUUGAAAAGCCAGCUGAAAGUGCACUUGAUGCGCCACAAGAACAUUCGCCCGCACGGCUGCCCCCACUGCGAGAUGGCCUUCCUCCGCGCUCAUCAUCUCCGCAAACACAUCAACUCGUACCAUGUCGGCAAACCCUGGAAAAUUAAACUCCCCAUGCGCGGAUUGGAUGCUAAUAGGAAGCAGGUCACGAUAAGGAAACCAUCCCCACAAAGAAACCGAUCUCUGAAUAUGAACGACUACAUUCGUGCUGAUCCAUCCACCCCGAACAACAACUCUUAUCCUCAGUUGAUGCAGGAGGGCGAAAAUUUGGGGGGAUUUGUUGCAAGUGGCGGAGAAGGAGGAGUAGAUUUGCUGUCUUCUCUGUAUGCAGUCUCCUCCACGGCUGCGUCUUCAAUUCAACAGAGGUUCUUCAAUUGAACUGACAUUAAAAAAUAGUAAUUUAUCACUUGAAACGCCACUCAAGUAUUAUCGAUUUGUUAAAACUGUUAAAUUAAUUUUAAAUGUUAAUUAAUUAAAGAGCAGACUUUUUUUUCAAAGAAUACAAAUUGUAA